GGGAAAUUGUGCAGAUUCGCAACGACAACCGACACCAGCGACGCUGCCGCUGCGGUUCUGAAACAAACUUUUUUUCGACAUCGAUUUACGGAAGCGGUGUGAGCAGACGGACUCUUUUUCACGAACGAAAAAUAGAAAUAACGCUUCCACGCGUAAUGUCUGUGGUGCUAGUGCAAUAAAAUAUAGGAAGGGACGUUAGUGCGCGCUAUCCUACGGGAUAUUAUGUUGAAUGUGUGCUUAGUGUGAUUUGCAGCUACACUAAAGUGAAGUGGUUUGUGCCGUGACAAAAAAAUCGUCUUAUCGGCCUCUUGCAGUCAUUAGCCGGUCGUGCAUGAUUCCAAAAAGGAGUUUGCAGUGAACUAACUCAUCACGAAUAACUAAUAAGGAAGCAGCAAGAUGGCGGACACGGAUACGGAGACGCUGCCGAACGGCACCGGGCCCCUCUCGGCCGAGGAGGAGGAGCGGCUGAAGCAGCGCCCUGCAGACAUCGACGCUGAUGUCCGUGAGAUGGAGCGACGGAAGCGAGUGGAAGCGCUGAUGUCGUCCAAGCUGUUCCGUGAGGAGCUGGAGAGGGUCCUGGAUCAGCAGAUGCACGAAGGGAAUGACGCUCCACUGCUGCAGCGGAUCAGGGAGAUGGUUGGCGGAAGAUUGCAUACUGGCAGCCUGAGGGGUCCCAGCUGUGUCCUUCCCAUCAACGACAUCCGAGGCAUCGAGGGUGUGGGCUAUGAGAAGGGAGAGAAGAUCCUACGGUGCAAGCUGGCCGCGGUGUACCGUCUUGUGGAUUUAUUUGGAUGGACUCAGACAAGCACCAGUGGUCAGAUAACUGCCCGGCUGAACACCGCGGUGGAGUCGGUCCUUACCACGCCCCGCGGCCUCUUGCCGCACGAGGUGACCGCCUCGUCGCUGGUCAAGGUGGACAUGCAGGGCGCCGUGCAGGACCAGGGCACCACCAACUUCCCCGUCAACGUUGAGGGCUUCUCCCUCCACGCGUCCGUGCACGCGGCGCGGCCGGACGUGCGCUGCGUGCUGCACGUGCGGUCGACGGGCGCGCUGGCCGUGUCCGCCACGCGGCGCGGCCUGCUGCCGCUGUGCAACGAGGCCGCGCUGCUGGGGGACGUGGCUUACCAUCGCGUACCCAACGGUCUUCUGGAUAACGAGGAACAGGAGAAGCUCGUCCGAGCCCUGGGCCCUCACGCCAAGAUCCUGAUGCUGUCUGGAGGUGGCGCUCUCUGCUGCGGAGCAACCUUGGAGGAAGCCUUCUAUCAGGCCAAGAACCUGAAUGCUGCCUGCGAGGUUCAGCUUCGUCUGGCAUCACUGCCACUGGAUGAACUGACGCUGCUUGAUGAGGAGACUAGGAGACAGAUGUACGAGUCGUCUCGCAAGCCUCCUACCGACUCGGCCAAGUGGCGCGUGGGAGGCGAGGAGUUUGAGGCGCUCAUGCGGAUGUUGGACAACGCUGGUUUCCGCACCGGGUACAUCUACCGGCACCCACUUGUCAAGAACGAUGUACCAAGGCCCAAGAACGAUGUGGAGGUUCCACCGGCGGUGUCCUCACUCGGAUACCUCUUGGAGGAAGAGGAACUCUACAAACAGGGAUUGUGGAAGAAAGGAGGGUUGAAGGCUGGCGAGCGCACGCGCUGGCUGAACUCGCCCAACGUGUACCAGAAGGUGGAGGUGCUGGAGACCGGCACGCACGACCCCAAGAAGAUCACCAAGUGGGUGGACGCUAACAACGAAGAGUGGAUACAAGACGGAUCGCCGGCGCAUGCGGGAACACCAGUGAAGAUCGACACUCUACAGUUUGUGCCCAAAAACACCAACCCCAAGGAAUUCAAGCAAUUGCAGCAACAGAUUAAAGAAAACCGUCGUGCCGACAAGAUUAGCGCUGGACCACAAUCGCAUAUUCUAGAGGGUGUGACGUGGGAUGAGGCAGCUAAACUGGUCGGCGAGGACGCGGCCAACACGCACACUGGGGACCAUGUCGUUUUGAUGGGAGCAGCGUCUAAGGGGAUAAUCCAGCGCGGCUACCAGCACAACGCUACGAUGUACAGCGCGCCGUACGCCAGGAACCCCUUCGACCACGUGACCGACACCGAGAUAGACGACUACCGCCGCACUGUCGAGCGGAAACAACGCCCCGACUAUGACACAGACAUAUCUGAAUCGGAGGCGGUGAGCGCGGCGCAAGUGACGUCACCCAACACUGCUCCGUCCGACACCGAGGAUGAGUCGCGGGAUGAACAACGCGUUUUGCGGAUAGAGACCAAGCAAGCGCCGGUGCGCAGCCAACCGGAGGUUGUUCUAAGCGAUGUGGACGCGACAGAUUUCUUGAAUGCCGAGCGGACUCACGCCGACCGGACUAGAGAUUCGCAACGGGACCCGAAUCUACUGUCUGAUGACGAAGUGUUCCUGGACUCCACGUCGUCCGUACCGUCGGGGUCUGCCUCUGUGCCUAUUCAAGGACCAGUCGUGAUUCGAACCCAGUAUACUGCCGUUCAUGGCACGGUGGGCAAAGGCGAGCACACAGUCAACGGUGACCAUUCCGACGCUCACCAGAGCACCUUCUCGCACAGCAGUAAAGAGGGUUCUCCCUCUAAGGAGGUGUCAACAGAGGAGUCUCCCAAGAAGGACAAAAAGAAGAAGAAGGGUCUGCGCACGCCCUCCUUCCUCAAGAAGAAGAAGGAGAAGAAGAAGGACAAAUCCGCGCCGCAGCCCGCGUAGAGAUAAAACUCAAAAACAACACUGCCAUCUCGCUUUCAAAAGUAUUUUUAAGAGUUCCCAAAAUUAUUGCAAAUCGCUGUUAUGCCGCUUUUUCCAUGAAUACUGUAAAAUACGCAAAUUACACCCGCUCUAAUGUACUGUUCACUAUUUGACGAGUCGGUUUAGUGUUGUACGUAACGUAUCAAAUCGACUAUCGAUAGUCUAGCUAUUGUAUUGUACGUGAAUUUGACAGAUUGGUUUAGUGUUGUCUGAAUCGUGUAUCGAUAAUUUUAUUUAUCGAUAUCCAUAGUGGUAGGAGAUCGUUUUUCUAUUAAGAUCUUCAUUUUAUUGUACGCGAAUAUAAUUCUAUGGUAUAGUUUCUGUACCAUAAAUGACAGUUUUUAGUACUUUCGUGUAUUAUUUACUGUCAAAAUUAAAAAUCAUCGAUCGAUAUCUUAGCAUACAUGACAUAGAAAAUGGUGUAGUAUGAGACUCCAACUUCAAAUAGUAAACAGUAUGAAUGACUGGGUAUAGAAAAGUUCGCGUAAACCCACCUUGGCGUUAAUGUGGCCACUUCACGAUAGAUGGCGCUCAAACCGCUUGAGCAUCCGCUCAGUUGCACCUGAGCAUACGCUCAGCUCUGAGCAUUUAGUAGUAAGGUAGAUGCAGACGUAAUUUAUUUGACGAUUUCGAAAAAAAAAUUCAAAACCGACUUCAAUGUAAGUAAAUAAUUAAAGUGUCUGAAAUUAUUAUUGAAAAAAUUAAACUUUGUCAAAUAGUUAAGUAAAUCUUGAACACACAAACAUAUAAUAAAAAACUCGAUUUGUUGAAGUCGGUUGAAUAUAAUGCUCUUUUUUCUUAUGACUUGCCAAGCGUCUUAUGAGAAAUUGAUAUUUUUAACUAUUGAUUUUUUUAUAUAUACUUUCUGUGGCAUGUCUGUACGUUUUCAAUGGGGGUUGUUGCUAUUUAACACAAAAAUAACAUUGAUUAACAAAACAUUUUUUAAAUCUUAUUUUUUUAAUAUUUCCUUAUAUGCUGACCGAGGUAACUGCCAGCCCUCCAGCAAAAAAAUAUUUUAAAAGUAUGUAAAAAUAAACUUUUGCUUUUCUUAUUGUUAACAUUUGCGUCAAUUUUAAUGAUAAAAAUUUUAUUUGAAAAAAAAAGGAGUUAUGUCACAUACGUAUCGAAAGUGAAUACUUAAAAUAGAACACUUGGUUCAAUUUUGUAGAGCACUAUCUCUUCUACUCUCAAGCGUUUUUAUGUUCUGUCCUACUCAUUACUGAGUACGAAUGAUAUACGCCAGGUAGUGAAAAUCAUCUCUAUGUCAUGUAUCAUUGAUAAUGAAGAGAGAUCUACAAUGCUCAAAAGUUAUCUUUGAUUGGAUAACAAUUUAACUUUAAACAUUUAAUAAGAAAUUAAAAACACGACUGUUCUGCCAAAAAAAAAACUAACUAUAAAGUAAAAAAAAAAAAAAAUGGUGCCAUACAGCACUGCUGCCAUGUUGACUUUUUUUUUUUAAUUUAAAGCCAGUAUCGGGAUGAUAUAUUUAAGAAUUGUGACGAUAACCCAAACAUCAAAAUCAAAGCAUUUUGAAGUUAAAGAAACUUGCAUGCAUAUAUACAUACAUGGACCCCGAAAAUAUUACUUUUUUUUAACAGUCGUGUAAAAUAACGGCAACAUUCCCAUUGUAAAACGUUCGGACGUGUAUUUUGGUGCAUUCUUAAUUAUAACUAUUAUUAUAUUAAUUGUAUUUUUUAUAAAUAAAUAAAAUAAAACACAGCAUGUAAUGCUUUCCAUGUUGGGGAGACCCGCGCCAUUCGUGCUUUUUAAAAUGUAAUUGAUAAUUUCAUAGUUUAGCUAGGGAUGCGCAAAUCAUUAAGUAUCGAUAACGAUCGAAAUUUGACAGCUCACUUUUUGACAGUCACCUCUGAUUGGACAAUACUCCCUUACCUAAUGGCUGAAAUGCAUUGUUGCAGAAAAAUACCAUGAAUUCAGCCAUAACAGUUGCUAGCUUUUCCAUAGUCAACCAGUAUAAAUAUCAGUACAAUAAUAAUCAUACUAGUUUUAGAAGGUAUAAGGAUAAGGAACGAUGACAUUCUAAAAAAAAACAUCGCCUAAAAAGACGUGAUAUCGACUAGAUAUAUUUAGAAAUUGAUUAAAAUAUUCAAAUCAAUAUCAAAAAUCAUUUAUUCAUUUAGGGUCAUAAGAGUAUAUUCACCUUUGAAAGGUUAUUCUAGAACAACUCCAAAAUAUCAAAGUAGUUUAACUAAGAAAGCGUCAUAAGCAAAAGUAUCGAUAGCAAAAAAAGUAUGGAGUUCAAGUAAUAUAUCGAUACUUUUUGCGCAUCCCUAAGUUUAGCCGUAAAGUAUCGAUAGCAAAAAAAAGGAAGGAGUUUUAGUAAUAUAUCGAUACUUUUUGCGCAUCCCUAAGUUUAGCCGUUCACUCGGAACGCCAUUUUGGAAAAUCAAGCGGCUCGAUGUGUUCGGAAAAAUAUUAUUAAAAAUAAAGUAUAAUAAUAAUAUAUAGCACUAUCGAUGUAACGUUAAGAAAUUAUUAUUGGCUAGCCUACAACUUUUGUAGAUUUUUUAACUUAUUUUUAUUUUCCCGUUUUUUUUUCGAUUCCAUGUGUUAUUGGGACGUAAUUUGAACGUUUAUUCAAGAUGGUGGACGCUCUAUUAAAAAAAACCCAUUGAUAUUAAAACAAUUACGCGAAUUUAUUAAUAUAUUACAAUAUAUUACCUCAUUUUUGCCAUAAUUAUUUUAAUCCGCCUUUAAAUGGUUUUACGUAUACACCAAAAAAAAAAAAAGAAAAAAAAGACAGUCCGCCAUCUUGAAUAGAUUAAGAAAAAAAAAUACAGUACAUCUUUUUAUUAAUACGUAGGAAGUUAAGGCCCAGUUUUAUUUUUACUACUAUUUUUUUUUUCUGUCAAGUUCGGGGGCCUUUUCAAUUUGACAUUACCUAGAGUAAGUCUAGAGUUGUUAAAAUGACAAGUUGAUUUUUUUAUAAUUAUUAUUAUUAAUUAAUUGAAUAUUAUUAAUAAUAAUAAUAAUAUGUUUAUAUGGAUAGAGUGUUUCGAAAAGUUGCAUUUUGUGAAAAAAAAAUCUGUUCUAAGCAUUCUUCUGUUUAUAUUUAAAAACAAAAAACAAUUUUAGAUUGUAUAACAGUGGUGUCGAUUCUAAUAUCCUUCUCUAAACUAAAUUUACAGUAUCUGCAUCUUUUCCUUUUUAUUAAUAUUAAAUUAACUUAGUUUUAUCUUUUAGUUAUAAAAAACAGCAUGCUCAAGACUGGCCCAUAAAAUUUGACAGUUCUAUUACUAAAGUCUAAAAUAUGUUUGUCCUUUUCUUAUUACAUUGGUAAGAAAAAGAUGCAAAUACUCUAUUUUGUUGGUAUCUGAAUCAACACCAAUAUAUUAUUAAUUGUAAUCUUUUGAAGUUAUGGACACACGGCAAUGUAUGCAAGAUAAAAUAAAAUAAAAUUUGUUUUCGUGUAAUUUGUAAUAAAAUAAAUUAUUAGUUUUACUCUCUCGGGACUUUUUAUUUCCUUCCGUCACAACAGUGUUGCCAGAUGUAAAUAAGUCUGGUGGAAACUUUUUAGAUUUAAGUUUUUUAGCUUAAAAGAGUUUAUUUGUAUCAUGUAUUUUUUUAUUUCUACAAUAUAUGCUGUUUGAAAGUUUAUUAUGGA